AUGGGGGAGGUUUUCCUGGAUAAAACAAUUAGCCUUCUGUCAUCCGACAAACAGAAGACCCGCUUGGAGGGCUUGGCAGAUCUCAAGCAUAUUCUUCAACGGAACAAAUCGAAAUUACAAACUCUCAAUGACAAGGCUUGUCAUAAGAUCUUUGAAUCGCUGUUUCGAUUCAUUUCAGCAGAGAGGGCAACAUACAACAAAACCCAACCGAGCUCCAGAAGCCCGUCUGCACUACGACUGUCAACAUGUGCAUCUGUAAUUCGAAUUGCGGUUGAUCUCUUUCUAAGAAAUCUGAGGAUAAGAACUGUUCGUGCCAUUAUCGACCACAUCACAGAAACCAUACCAGUCCCUGGGGAAGGUUUAUGGGAACCACUGAACCUGGAUUAUACCAAGUGCUUGGCAUCACUUUUGCGCUAUCGACCUCAUACUGAACAUCUUGACCAAGAUGAUUGGGAUAAUCUCAUUGGGUUUUGCCUUGCCAGUGUCGGUCUACGGGAUAAUGAAGAGAGUCAGCUCAGCAUCCGAAGUGGUCGGUGUGUUACUGAUGACAUAGAUGCCAGUGACAGCCGCUCGACCCCUUCCAGGAUGACGCCUGGCCCGGUCAACAGAGAAAGACAUCGCGGCAAUAGGAAUUCCGUUGAAGAGGUAAUGGUUUGUAUUCAGCUUUUGACGGCAAGCCCGAAUGCUCCCCAGACUGCGGCCCAAAACAUAUUUGACAGACUAGUGGAAUUCGUCGAAUCACCUUCCAUAAGCGUCGCUGGGAAUUCUCACCAGCUGGCGUUCAGUAGCAUCAAUGCAGUCGUUACAAAAGUUUUGUUUGAUCAGUCCAAGCUUGUCUGUUCGUCCAUCUUGGGCUUGGUUCCAGUAAUCCGACGCCUAUGGGCCACCACUAAAUUGCAGACUCUGAAGGAUGAGUUGCUUGUGACUUUGAUGUUGUCCAUGAUCGUACUGGUGGAUGCUGCCCAUAAAGAUCCGUCCGAGUCUUUGGCGCAUGAUAUUGAGGAAUUGGCAAAUAUGCUCCAUUCGGAAUAUGUGAAACGUUCUGCAAAAGAAGUAUUGCAGAUCGACGAAACAAUUCUUUUCCAGAAGAACGACGCAGCAUGCCAAAGGCCAGUAUAUGGGCCUCGUCUUGGAACUCCUAGAUCGGAGUAUAACUGGACGGUCAUAUGGAUGAUAGCAGAGCUACUGAAGCUCUCGGAGUAUAUCAAUAACCGUAUCAAGGCAGCUGAGUCUCGCGAGGGCUCCAACAAAAGACAGCGAUUCAACUCUGAGAUUCAAGACAUCUUUCGAGACUCAAUAUCCGCGACAGGCACAAGAAGGAUAUGUGCAUUACAACUCGUCCCAUUUCUUGAACCCGAAAUCGACAUUGAGAACAAGGAGGCUUAUCUUAAACGGCUCAUACUAAGCAUCUCCGACGACAACAGCACUGUGUCAUCAUGGACAAUGGUUGCAUUGACCAGUAUUGCAAGUGGGACGACUGCGAAAUUGCCAGAGAUAAGAGCUCAUUGGCCACGAGUAGUUGAUCUAACUACACGUACAUUCUCCUCUCCGGCGACUUCGAGGGUUGCUUGUAACCUCGUGGAUAUGAUCUUGCAAUCAGACUUAUUGGAGUAUUCGGUGGCUAUGGAAACGAUUCGGUCAAUACUGGGCUCUACAAAUGGCCCGUCCGUGAUCUCAGAUUCGUCUCUGAGAUUGUGGGCAUUUAUCGCACGUACAAGAACACAACUCGAUUUGGGGUCGGCCCAAAAAGCUUCGAUGCAGAUUUUUGGCUGGUUAAGGGAAGUCUGGGCUGUCGGUAUGACCGACCGCAUUCAGACAGCUCGAGUAGCUGCAUAUGCGCGGCCUCUGGACUUGCUGGACCUUUUCUUAUCAUGCACUAAUCGUUCGUUCGUCAUUCCCCGCUACCAGCCCAACGGGCCAAUGGGACAUAUCGCCCGAAAUUGGUUCUUUCUCCAUGAAAAUCGCGAGUUGUUGGAAUAUAGCUUCCAUACUGGUAGUGCUGCUGCCCACCAUGCCAAUCCAUGGGGGUUUCAAGAAGCAUGGAUCUUGGAGCAAUCAUCUCGGCAGGACCCAGAUGAUACAGUGAUAUUAGAUUUGCUUCGACUCAGAUCUGAAUCUUUCUUACAAGUGUGGCAUGCCAUGAUCGAAGAAAAGGCCCAUAUUACCUCAGAGAGCUUACAAAUCCUGACGUCUUUCUGCGUUGUAACAUCUCUUUUCAUAUCAUGUCUACCCCAAUCAUCCGAGACUAGAUCGCAAGACCUCCGCCAGAACUGCUCAGGUUUGUGGAACUCUAUUUGCGAGUUCUUGGCAGGCCAUGAGCCUACCCUCACUCAGUCAUGUUUAGAGUUGAUCUCGCCGCUUCUCGGUCCUUUGUUGAGUUCUGAAACUCCCCCUGCCAUCCAAUUGGGUCUUCAGGGGCUUGUCACGCCUUUAUCAAAAACACUCGAGCAUUUCCGCCAGAGCUCAAAAAUUACAUCUUCAGAAGAUGCCAUGGAUUUGGACGACCGACUCAUGGCUGAUAAUACUUCGAUGGACAUCGAUCAAACAAUCCUUGAGAUAAACCGGACCUCUCGGUCUGUUUUCUUUGAUGCAGCCACAUACCAACGCUGCGUUGCCAUCCAGUUAUCGAUAUUCCUGAGCAUUCAUUCAUAUUCCAGUUCAGGGAGCUUGCAAACUUCAUCUAUUAUUGAGUACUUAACUGGCUUGGAUGAAGCUGAUAUAUUGUCAGCCCAAGCGGUCCUACCCAAAAUCUUCCGACAUUGCUCUAAAUUGGCGCCUUCUGAACUCCUCUCUGUGUUGGAAGACCUAGGUGAAAAAUGUCUACAGUCUUAUGAAAUGGAGAGGUGUGAGGCUUCGCAUUGCGUUUGCAUUCGCAUGAUGGCCAGUUUCGUUGACUCCUGGACAAAUGGUCCUGACCACAAUCUGAACGAAUCAGCCAUGGACUUGUAUAACUGGUUCAUCGAAGUGCUUCUAUCUCGAAAGCAGGCUUCCCCUAGGGUCUACAUUGCUCUUGCCGAGCUCAUUCAGGAUGUCCUUGGCGCAUGCCCCUCAUAUGGUAGCCAGCAGUCCCUUCCGUCACCGCGAACAAGCCUCUUCACGAUUCUCCGCGAGGGCGAUGUUCAAGUCAAAUUCAGUGUUGCAAAAUUCAUCCCUGCUCUAUUUGAGCGUUUUCUUCUCAAAGAUCACGAUGCCAUCUUCGACGAUGUGCUGGAAAGCUUACCUCGAGAUCCGGAAUGGAUUGAGGGAAUUGCAGUCCGCCUCUUCGUGCUCUCUCAAUUGGCUUCCAAGUGGCAUACCUUGCUGCGAAGAAGCAUCUAUCAUCUCUUUGAAACCCCGGCUCAAGUUGCACCCUCACUAUGGUAUGCUGAGAAAUGCAUGAGCGUAGUCUCUCAGACUCUUGGUCUUCAGGACACCAAAGAACUCUUCCGGCUUUUUUCUUCUCAAAUACUCUAUACGUGGACCGAGACACAGAGUAUAAUGUCUAUGCCUUUCAGUAUUUUCGGUUACGACAACCUUCGAGAGAUGCUACUAGAUGUUAAGGACGAAAUUGUUGGACAAAUGACGAUGCGUGCCAAGGAACAGGACAUAAUUGAACUCGCCAAGUACCUGGAAAUCCCCCAUGUCGAGCUCUUGGUGACUUCCUUCCACAAGGCUGAAGCAUACAGCAUUGCACGGGACAUCAGCACUCCCCGGGUCAAGGCAGUCGAGCGCCAGUUCCCAUCAAUAAUCGCUGACUUUUUCAAUUCGCUUGACUACUAUGAUCAAAUCGAAAGAGCAUUCUCAAAGCGUACAAACUUUGGAUAUGCUCUCGAUAUUCAGACGCAAAUUCUCAGCAAAAGUGCGUCUCAGAGUGUACUUCCAGCAAAUCAACAACCUUCAUUCCGGGCACGUUAUCUCCUUGAUGAACUUGAAUUUCUCUGCAAGCGCACCGGGUUCGAAUUUGAAUCAAUAUGGACACCUUCGCUGGUCUCAUUUGUCUGUCGUUCACUGCUCGAAUCCAUACAUCCUGCUCUUGGCUCGCUCCAUGCUUGCUCGGUAAUUCGCAAAAUAAGGAUUGUCGUCUGCGUAGCAAAUUCAGUUAUACUGCGAGACUACCCUUUAGAGAUGACCCUCAGCUCUUUGCGUCCAUUCCUCGGUGAUAUCCAUUGUUCUGAGGAUGCUCUUGGCGUUUUCUGGUACCUACUUGAAUCAGGGAAACCUUAUCUUCAAGUAACACCGGGAUUUGCCGCAGGAAUAGCUGUCUCAACACUUGUUACCCUCCGCGCAUUGUUUUCGUCGUCCCCAGAAAACACUACUCAGGAAUCCCAGCUUGCAGCAGUUCAAUCGAAUGCGCGAAUCUUUUACCAUUGGCUUGUGAAAUUUCUUGGUGAUCUCCGUUUUUCUAAUUGGGACGAAGCUACGAAAGGGGCAUUUGAUCGGCUAGUUUCUCUGGCCGAGAAAUUCUCAAGCUCUGGAAGCUCUUCGAUGGGUCAGGUCGGGAAGGACUUGGUCUUUGAAGUACUCAAGGAUCGCGACUCUGCAACAUCGCUACUCAGCAGGCCUGUGGCUGACCUCGUCUUGUCGCUUCUAUGCCCUGAAUUUGAGCAGAUACCUGAAACUUGGGACAGGGCUUUGAACGACGAUGUGGAUCCCGCCUCCCAUGUUGUCUCGCUAUGGCACACACUCCAGAAAUUCAAUGGAGGCUCUCAGUAUCGGCUUUGGGCCGCCCGGGUUAUUGGAAGAUCUUUUGCUGCCACUGGAAAGAUCAAUCAACUGCUCCUGCGCGAGCAAGAUCUGUCUUUGUUCCAGUUCCCCGAAUCUUCCCUGUCGGAUGACAUUCUGUGCUACUCCAAAGCUAGGAUUCUUCGAGUGCUUUGUGGCAUGCUACAUAAUCAAAAAUACGAUGAAGCUGGUCUUGUCGAGCAUACCUUGCAGCUGAUUGUCAGCAGCAUUGCUGAGUUUCCAGAUUUUCAAGGCUGCGGCGAGGUCAUUCCCGAGCCUCUCAUGAAAGCACUCAUUUGGAGCCCGUACACAUGUCCCGCCAUUCCGCUCUCACCUUCGGAGCAAGUAAGGUGCAAUACUGCCGCGACGAGUACAUCAGGCCUUUCGGCCGCUGAAUGGGCACGCAACGUCUCCCUCUUCUUGUCCAAUGCUGGUUUGGAGGAUCCAGUCAUCGGCUCCCUUCGUAAGAUUCUCAAUGUGACCCCCGGCUUGGCGGUGCAACUACUGCCAUACGUGGUCCAUGAUGUUUUGUUGUCAGAAAGAUUUGACAAAGACGAAAAGGGAGAAGUUCGAGAGGCAAUCUCCGCUGCAUUUGGGCAGGUAUUGUGCGAGAUCAACGAAGAAACGCUAUCCCACGCUCAACUUGUGAUCAACUGUAUUCUCUACCUUCGCAACCAACCUGUACCAAAUGAAUCAACCAUUGUGCAGCGUGAUAAAUGGCUUGAGAUCGACUUUGGGGAGGCCUCUUUGGCUGCACAUCGAUGUGGUCUACAAAAGACCUCGCUACUUUUCCUGGAGAUUCAAACAUCUAGGACGGUUUCGGGGUCUCGCCGGACAUCUGUUAUCAAAUAUGAGCCGCCGUCUGCUUUAAUGCAUGAUAUUUUCAAGAAUAUAGAUGACCCAGACUUGUUUUACGGCAUUCAGCAAAGCUCUUCACUGGCCAGUGUGAUGGAAAGGCUGGAGUACGAAAGCUCCGGAUUCAAGAAUCUCCUAUUCCAGAGCGCGAAAUACGAUAGUGAGAUACAGAUGUCCGACAGUGCACAGUCAUACGGAGUGUUGAAAGCCUUGAACUCAACUAACCUUCAGGGCAUUGCCAAUACCAUGCUCUCUUCGUCCAGCAGUGCAAACGACGCCUCUGUCGCCUUUGAAAGUUCUUUGCAAGCAGCUACCAGUCUCCAAAAAUGGGAUAUACCGGUUUCGCCCUUGGACUCAUCGCCAUCGGCUACUGUAUUCCGGGCUUUCCAAAGUCUGAACACGUCGGGUUCUCUGUUAGAGGUCAAUGAGUCGAUUGAUACUGGUCUGUUGACGAUUUUGAAUUCUCUCGUCCAUACCAGUCGAUCUUCUAUACAACUGCGGGAUUCGAUGCGAGCACUCGGGAUCAUGACUGAAAUGAGUGACACUUUACACGCUUCCUGUUCUGAGGAGAUAACGGCAGAGUGGGACAAGAUCAAGGCAAGAGGCAGCUGGCUGAAGACCGAAAGCUAUCAUGAAGUUGGAGAAAUUCUGUCGUGGCAUGAGGCAUUGUUUUCAUCAGUCAGGAAGAGCGAUAUUCUCAAAUUACAGACGCAGCUGAGCCUUGAGGAGUCGCGCUUGCUGGAGGCUAAGGUCAUCCGUCAAUCUUUGGAGAUCACUAGGAGCCACGGCAUCUCUCAAGCAUCGCUGAAGUCUGCAAUCAAUCUCUCGAAGCUCGCUGAGCCAUCAAUGGGUAUUAACAUAGAUGGAGCUGCAAAAUUCGACCUCGCCAAUGUCCUCUGGGAUCAAGGCGAGAUGACUGCAUCCAUUCGUAUGCUUCAACAGCUGAAGGGUCAACAUGAUAUUCCCAAGCAAACGAUUCCGCUCAGCCGGGCUGAGCUGCUUGUCACCUUGGGUCAUCAUGUCGCAGAAGCACGCUUGGAAAAGCCCGAUUCUAUUCUCCAAGAAUACCUUUACCCUGCAGUCAAAGAAUUGAAAGGGAACACGGGAGAAGAGGCCGGUCGGGUCUAUCAUGGAUUCGCGACGUUUUGCGACGAGCAACUUCGCAAUCCCGAUGGAAUUGAAGAUUUCAAACGUGUUGAACAAUUACGGGAUCGCAAGGAGAAGGAAGUCAAUGGUCUUGAAGACAUGAUGAAGAAAGCCGCCGGCAAGGAGAGAGACUAUCUUAAGAACUACCGUGCCAAAGCAAAGCAAUGGUUCGACCUCGAUGACCGGGAGUACCAACGUCUCUUGCGAAGCCGGGAGGCGUUCCUUCAGCAAUGCCUCGAAAAUUACCUUCUCUGUUUGCGGGAGUGCGAUACCUAUAACAACGAUGCUCUGCGUUUCUGUGCCCUCUGGCUCGACAAGUCCGCCAGCGAGAUUGCCAACUCGGCUGUGUCUCGAUACCUCGGUGAUGUCCCUAGCCGCAAGUUCGCGCCCCUAAUGAACCAGCUUUCCUCCCGUCUGCUUGAUGUCUCCGAUGACUUCCAGAUACUGCUUACUGAGUUGGUAUACAGGAUCUGUGCUGAUCAUCCUUUCCAUGGCAUGUAUCAGAUCUUUGCCAGCAGCAAGUCCAAGGGUGGUAAGGACCAGUCCUCCGUCUCGCGCUUCCGUGCUGCAAACCAACUGGUCGAUCGUCUGAAGAAUGAUGGCAAGAUCGGAUCGACUUGGGUUGCUGUCCACAAUGCCAAUAUCAGCUAUGUGCGGUUCGCCGUCGACAAGCCGGACAGCAAAUACAAGAGCGGUGCAAAGGUCCCCCUGAAAAGCCUGGCAACUGGCCAACGUCUUACUCAAGAUGCUGUCACUUACAAACUACCACCGCCUACUAUGAAGAUCGACCUGCGUGUAGACUGCGACUACAGUCGUGUCCCAACCAUUUCGAAGUUUAACUCGGAGUUCACAAUUGCUUCUGGCGUUAGUGCUCCAAAGAUUGUCACUGCUGUUGCCUCAACUGGUGAAAGUUAUAAACAGCUGUACAAGGGCGGAAACGACGAUCUGCGACAAGACGCCAUCAUGGAGCAAGUAUUCGAGCAAGUCAGCAGUCUUCUAAAAGAUCACCAACCCACACGCCAGCGCAAACUAGGUAUCCGAACCUACAAGGUUCUCCCCCUGACGUCUAACGCCGGAAUCAUCGAGUUCGUCCCAAACACCAUCCCUCUACACGAUUACCUCAUGCCAGCGCAUCAAAAAUAUUUCCCGAAAGACAUGAAACCCAACUCAUGCCGAAAACACAUUGCCGACGUUCAAAAUCGAUCGUUCGAGCAGCGCGUCAGGACCUACCGCCAAGUGACCGAGCACUUCCACCCAGUGAUGAAGUACUUCUUCAUGGAGAAGUUCAACAAUCCAGACGACUGGUUCAGCAGACGGUUAUCAUACACGCGCAGCACAGCUGCGAUCUCGAUACUCGGACACGUCCUCGGGCUCGGCGAUCGGCAUGGCCACAAUAUCCUUCUGGAUGAAAAGACCGGAGAAGUGGUGCACAUUGAUCUCGGCGUGGCGUUUGAGCAGGGUCGCAUUCUACCCGUUCCUGAAGUUGUUCCGUUCCGCUUGACGCGCGAUCUCGUGGACGGGUUUGGAAUCACCAAGACCGAGGGCGUUUUCCGGCGCUGCUGUGAGUUUACCCUCGAGGCACUGCGCCAGGAGUCGUAUAGCAUUAUGACUAUCCUUGAUGUGUUACGCUACGAUCCUCUGUAUAGCUGGACUGUUUCUCCGCUGCGCAUGAAAAAGAUGCAGGAUGAUCAGGCGGCUGGCGAAGGGCCUCCUGUCUUGCCUGGUGCGGCUGACGACUCCUCAAAGAAUGAACCCAGUGAGGCUGACCGCGCUUUGACUGUUGUGGCCAAAAAAUUGAGCAAAACUCUCAGUGUCACUGCUACUGUGAAUGAACUUAUUCAACAGGCCACUGAUGAGAAGAACCUCGCUAUGUUGUAUUGCGGCUGGGCCUCAUAUGCUUGA